GCCACAAGUCCUCUUUGUUUCACUUUAGGCACCACUCUUAGUUCCCAAUGUUCAUCUUGCCCCAACGCAAGUACCCACUCCUCAAUUCCUCCUCCUCACACCAUCUCCCAACACCACCAUCCCACCACCCUAAUCUCCUUUCCAGACGUACCCAAUGUCAUGCCAUUGCCCCCGCUACCGCCACUAGCACCGCCAAACCUAGACAGUGCAGCCUCAAUCGGCUCGACAUCGAUCCAAAGCUCCCAUCGCCACCCACUCCAGUGAAAACCACUAAACGUGCCCCCAUGCCUGAUGACCGAAGCUUGCAAUCGACUUGGUCUCAUCGGGCAUGGGUUGCUAGUGGGUGUGUUGCAGUGCUCAUUCCCCUAGCAAAGUCCGUGAUGGUUGCAACGGAUGCACACUUGUUGCUCGAGCCUAUUUUGGCGGGCUUGGUUGGUUAUGGGCUGGCAGACUUGGGCUCGGGGGUCUAUCAUUGGGCCAUUGACAACUAUGGGGAUGCUUCGACCCCGGUCUUCGGGGACCAAAUAGAAGCCUUCCAGGGCCACCACCGGCGGCCUUGGACCAUCGCUCACCGCCAAUUUGCCAACAACCUCCAUGCCCUCGGCCGCUCCGUGACCCUUACAGUGCUCCCGAUAGACCUCUUUUGCAACGAUCCAACCAUGCUUGCAUUUGUGUGCGUGUGCUCAGGAUGCAUUAUGUUGAGCCAACAGUUCCACUCAUGGGCGCACAGCACAAAAAGGAGGCUGCCUCCGUUUGUGGCAGCAUUGCAGGAUGCGGGACUGCUCGUGUCAAGGGUGCACCACGCAGCGCACCACCGGCCACCGUAUAACAACAACUACUGUAUAGUGAGCGGAGUGUGGAAUCAGUUUUUGGACAAGCAGAAGGUGUUUGAGGCAAUGGAGAUGGUGGUGUUCUUCAAGCUUGGGGUAAGACCCCGUUCAUGGGGUGAACCCUGCUUAGAAUGGACUCAAGAAGAAAUCAUUGAUCCCAAUUCUUCAUCCUGAUUUCAGAAACUAUCAUUCAAAAAAAUUCUUCAACAUUAAAUUACAACGAACUGAUUCUUUAAAAAUCUCCUUCGCUUUUUCGUUGUGUGGAUGGAUUCAUUUGUAAAGUGUAUGUUUAAUAUAUAUAAAUAUACACAAAUUUGCAGAAUAUGUAGUUCGAUCG